AUGUCAUGGCACCCCCAGUACCGCAGCUCCAAGUUCCGCCACGUCUUCGGCAAAGCAGCCAGCAAAGAGAACUGCUACGACUCCGUGCCCAUCACCCGCAGCGUCCACGACAACCACUUCUGUGCCGUGAACCCCCAUUUCAUUGCUGUCGUCACUGAGUGUGCUGGUGGCGGGGCCUUCCUUGUCAUCCCCCUGCACCAGACAGGAAAGUUGGACCCUCACUACCCCAAAGUCUGCGGACACAGAGGGAAUGUCUUAGACAUCAAGUGGAACCCUUUCAAUGACUUCCAGAUCGCCUCCUGUUCUGAAGAUGCCACAAUUAAGAUCUGGGACAUCCCCAAGCAGCUGCUGACCAGGAACCUCACAACCUACAGCAAGGAGCUGGUGGGCCAUGCACGCAGAGUGGGCCUGGUGGAGUGGCACCCUACUGCCGCCAACAUCCUCUUCAGUGCUGGCUACGACUACAAGGUGAUGAUCUGGAACCUGGAUACAAAGGAAUCUGUCAUCAUGAGCCCUGUAAAGACAAUCGCAUGUCACCAAGACGUCAUCCUCUCAAUGUCCUUCAACACCAACGGCAGCCUGCUGGCUACCACCUGUAAAGACCGCAAGAUUCGCGUUCUCGAUCCCCGGUUAGGGACCGUCCUGCAGGAAGCCAGCUAUAAGGAGCACCGUGCCAACAAGGUGCUGUUUCUGGGGAGCAUGAAAAAGCUGCUGUCCACAGGCACAUCCCGUUGGAACAACCGGCAGAUGGUCCUGUGGAACCAGCCUCAUCUAUCUGGUGUCAUGCCAAAGAGAGGUCUCGACGUGUCCUCCUGCGAGAUCUUCCGCUUCUACAAGCUGAUCACAACCAAAAGCCUCAUUGAGCCCGUCUCCAUGAUCGUACCCCGGCGGUCGGAAUCGUACCAAGAAGACAUCUACCCACCCACAGCAGGGGCCCAGCCCUCCCUGUCUGCCCAGGAGUGGCUCAGUGGGAUGAACAAAGAUCCAGUUCUGAUGUCUCUUAGGCCUGGCUCUCAGCUGCUGAGUCCCCAGCCCCUGCCUCCGGAGAGACCCCUCUCCACUUCUGGGGCCUCUGCCUCAAGCCCGCCCUUGGGGCCUACAGCAAAGCUGGCUGUAGACGUUGGCCGGAAGUCCUGCUCUCUGCCAGAGGGGAAGGUGACAAGUUGGACAACAGAACACCAGCUGGAAGAGAAGAAGUCUUGGCUCACAAAUGGCUUUGAUGUUUUUGAAUGUCCUCCACCAAAGACGGAGAACGAGCUGCUACAGAUGUUCUACAGACAGCAGGAAGAGAUUCGAAGGCUCCGGGAACUGGUGACACAGCGAGAGGUCCAGGCCAAGCAGCUGGAACUGGAGAUCAAAAACCUGCAGAUGAGUUUGGGACAGUACUGAGCAGAGGUCUCUGCCACCCUCACCUCAGGGACACCACUCGGCUCUGUGGGGAGGUCCAGAACCAAACCACAAGUCCCCCAAGAACAACCACUAUUUCUAUAUUUUUUACGAGAAGACAAAACUCUCGGCCUUGGAAAGAGAUUGCAGUGGGACUCGGAGCCGGUGUUUCUCUUUGCCUUCUUUCAACAGCGGUUUUGUCCUGACUUUGUUUAGAUGACACUUUGCCUCCUGCUGAAUUCAGUUAAGGGUCUGCUAUGGCUAGAAGUUCUUGAGUGGGGAAAAGAACAUUGUAGAAAGUAAGAGCUGGACCUGAGAUAGCAAGUGGUCAUUUUUUGUUUUUACAGUUGUAAACGAGUGAUCUGGCCCGAUUCCCUCAUUUUACAGGUGGAGAAGUCUGUAGGAGAAGCAAGUGGGAUCACAGCAGCGUUGGGCUUGAGAUCCUGCUCUCCUGGGUCUGUCUGUCUAUUUGUCUGUCUACUGUUUCUCACCCUGAACUCAAUUGGUUUUGGCCUUGGCUGUGUUCAGCUUCCUUGGUGACCUCUUGCAAAGUCCUCUUUAUUGCAGUUUCUCCCUCUGAACCAGGCACACCUGGUGUGAGCCUCAGUAGGACGGGCUACCAGCAACCUUGACUUGACCCUGCAUGGUGCUCAUGACCUAGGUUGGCUAUAAAGGGGCCCAGGAGGCUUUAACCUGAGGGCGAGUGAACCGAGAGUCAGCCAGAUUCUUUCCCCCCACAAUCGGCCUGACCCAGGGAUAUAGAUAGUAGGGUCUACCUACAGAGCUAUCUGUGACUUCUUGGUGACAGCCUGCCUCCUCCAAAAUAGCAGAGGGGACCCAUGGAGGUGGAGAACCCCAGAACAGGAUGUGCAGAGUCACCCCCGUCACACACACACACACACACACACACACACACACACGCUGGAGAGGAAGUAGGACUAGAGGCCAAAAAUGUGGUCCAAAGGCCAAGUGGGUGUCCCUGCUCUGUGGAUCUAUGUCCUGAGUGCUGCUCUGAGUUUGCUCUUUCUCAGGGGCCAGCCCUCAUCCCUAGGGAGAAUGAGAGCUGAGAUUUUUCUGUGGCUGCUCCUUAACCUGCGGGCACAGACCACACACACACACUGGCCUCUCUCACUGGGCCCUUCUGGAUGGCCACUGUAGGACAGCCACCCAGCAUAGCUUUGAGCCCACAGUGUAUGUCAGGAAAUACAGAUGCCCAGGCCCCUCCCAGGAAUCCGGAAGCUGACUGCAGACAAGAGCCUGGCCCCCUGUGUGAACACAAAGCCCAGGAGCUGCAACAAGAAAGUGAAGAGCACCUCUGCACCUCUGGGCACUCAUCAAAGCGAAGAAGGAGCACCAGACAGGACCUAGGACUCAAAACUCAGUCCUCCCAUCUGCCCUUACACCCUACCCAUAGCUGGUACCCCAUCUAA